AUGUCUUCGUUCUUCACACUGCCCGCAUCCCAACGAAAGCGGAAACGUACAGAUGACAGACCUAGCAAGCCAGCGAAGCGGAGAAGUGUGCAGGCGGAGUACAGCGAGUCUCGGCAGGCCAGGAAGAGCGGCAAGACUCCCCAAAAAGAGGACCGUGACGAAUCCAUAUCCGGCAGCGAUUCUGGCGAAGACGAUGUACAGGCCGAGUCUGCCUCAGAAUCUGAGGCCACAUCAGAGGAGGAUGAGACGGCGGCGGAACGGCGAGCUCGCCUUGCCGAAAGGUAUCUUGAGAAUAUCCGGCAAGAAGUCGAUGAGACAGGGUUCGAUGCCGAACAGAUAGAUAAAGACCGCAUUGCACAACGACUCAGAGAAGACGUUGAUGAGGUCAAAGGUCGACAAUAUCGAUUGAUAGCUUCGAAGCUCGAUUUCCCCGCAGCCACACAUUGCCUCUUUCACGCUGAUACAGAAUCUACAACAGCCGUUGCUGUUCGAGCUCCUUACAUAUAUACAGCAAGUAAGGACAAGAACUUGAUCAAGUGGCAGCUUGCGUCCCCUAAAUCAGUCGCUCCACAGUCUGGACUCUCGAAACGCCCUCCACCACCUCCACGGAAGCGGCCAAAAAAAUUGCGCUACAUUCGAGGUGUUAAAAUCAAUGCCGAUUUACCUCAGCAGCAUGGUCACACUACUCCUAUACUGUCCCUUGCCAUAUCGCCCUGCGGAACCUAUGUUGCAACCGGCUCUUCUACUGAUAGAAGGUUGAUAAUUUGGUUGGCAUCAACACUCGCACCACUUAAGACUUUUACCACCCACCGUGAUUCUGUCCUAUCGCUCGCCUUUGCUCCUCAGUCGUCUCAACCUGGCGUAGGCGCUCAGCUUUUCUCUGCUAGCGCUGAUCGAACAAUAAAAACAUACAGCCUGAACGGCCCUGACUCAUUAGCCUAUGUGGAGACCCUCUUCGGUCAUCAAGACCACGUUACAAGUAUUGCAGCAAUGAGCUUGGAUCAAUGUGUUUCCGUUGGAGCUCGAGAUCGAACCGCCAGAUUGUGGAAAGUGGUCGAUGAGAUGCAAUCCGUCUACCGCGCGGACAGCUCAAAGCACGCUGAACACGUGACAGGAUCCGUUGACUGCGUGGCCGCCCUGCCGCCAGCUCAUUUCGUGACAGGUAGUGAUAGCGGUGCGAUUCAACUAUGGAGCGUGCACAGGAAGAAGCCAGUGUUUGUUGUCGAGAAAGCGCAUGGGGUUGAAGAGCCAGAGCCGCUUGAGAAAGCUUCGAGUGAGAUUGGAGAAGAAGUGCUGGAGCGGUUGAGGAAGGCGGAUACAAGAAGACCGAUUGCUAGAGGGAUUACGGCAUUGGCGACUGUGUUUGGGACGGAUGUUGUUGUGAGCGGGAGCUGGGAUGGGUGCGUUAGGGUGUGGAAGGUCAGUGACGAUAAACGAGCUUUGCUCCCAUUUGGCGUGGUUGGUACGCCUGAAAGGAUCGUUAAUGGAGAUAUUGGGAGUAGUAAGCAUGAGAAGGAUCAUGAAGGCCCGGUACGAGGGGUGAUCAACUCGCUGGCAGCCUUCGAGCGGAGGAAAGAGACUCAGAACGAGUUUGGUGGGAAAAAGGAGGGCGAUACCAUAGGUUUGUGUAUUGUGGCUGGCACGGGAAAGGAGAUGAGACUGGGCAGAUGGAGAAAAUUCCCUAGUGGCAAGAAUGGCGCUGUUGUGCUCGAGGUCCCGUUGCAAAUGCGAGUUAACGGCGUGAAUGGAGAGCAUGCAGAGUGA